AUGAAUGUCGACUUGCUCGCCUCAAUACCAAACCCACAUCCUGAACACCAGGAGAGACACAAAACGAAGACGUCUCACUGCUGCUCGGUGUGUGGCAGAGAGUGCUACAAGCUCUCGGUACUACAGAUCCACAUGAGAAUCCACACGGGAGAGAAGCCGUUCCCCUGCCCCGACUGUGGCAAGAAGUUCGCUCACCUGGGAGCCAUGAGACGACACCUCCUCACACACACGGGAGAGAAGCCCUACUCUUGCCCUGUGUGUGGGAAGAGUUUCACCCAAUCCGGACAUCUGAGGGAGCACCAGCAGUCUCACAGUGGAGAGAAGCCUCACCUGUGUCUGGUCUGUGGGAGAGGGUUCUCUAGAGCGUCAGACCUCAGGAUCCACCACAGAGUUCACACAGGGGAGAGGCCGUACAGCUGUGACUACUGUGGGAAGAGAUACGGCCGCUGUCAGAAGCUACGGGCUCACCAACGGACACACCACAGUGACAGGACGCACGCUGAUACUGGAGAGGAGACGGAGUGA